AUGAUUGUCAUGAAUCUCAGAAUAAAAGUCAUGUUUGUGAAAGAUGACCAAGGGGGUUUUCCUGCAUCUUCCUUUCCCCGGAGAAUUGGCCCUGUGGUGCUCAAAAGUCCCAGGAAAAGUAACUUCACCCCCAACACCACCAUGUCAUUAGAAGUGUCUUUGAAGGAACAAGCUCUAAGGUACCUGAAGGGGGAAAAUGCAGAACCUGAGUGUGGAUUUUGGGUCUUUCUGGAUCCAGCAACCUUUUCAGAAGGACCAUGUUUGCAUGUGGCCGUCAACCGAGGGCUCCAAGCCAGAGUCUUCUACCACCUUGUCGUGGCCUUGACCACCAAGUCACUCCUGAAGGUGAGCCACAACUACCACCAUGGCACAGAGGCUGCCAUGGACCUCCAGAUCAACCUGGAGCUGUAUGCCUCCAAUGUCUAUCUGUCCAUGGCUUGCUACCUUGACCAGGAUGGUGUGGCUUUGAAGAACUUUGCCAAAUCCUACCGAUCUCAUGAGGAGUGGGAACAUGGGGAACUGAUGAGGCUACAGUACCGAGGAGGUAGCAUUUAUACUUUGUUACCAAAAAUGAGCUCUAACAGUAAUGAAGAGGAUGCCACAGACCUUGGAUCUCCAUCCAGCCCCCCGGAAAAAGAAAACUUCUACUCGCAGUAUGUGAUGUUGAGGACCAUUGGCCGUGGAGGCUUUGCUGAAGUCAAACUGGCCUACCACCGCUUCACCAGCACCCUGGUGGCUGUCAAAGUACUUGAAAAAGAGAAUAAGUGGUGCUUACCGGUCAAUCCUGAGGUAAAUAUUAUGAAGAUGAUCAACCACCCCAACAUCAUCUCACUUGUCCAAGUGAUUGAGUCUGAGAAGAAAAUAUACCUGAUCAUGGAGGUGUUCGCGGGAAAACAACUAUAUCAAUACGUUGGAAAGGCUGGCCACCUGGAGGAAGACCGUGCCCGGGGGAUCUUCAGGCAAAUCCUAAGUGCCGUGAGUUACUGCCAUGAACAUGGAAUAAUUCAUCGGGACCUGAAACCGGACAACAUCAUGGUGGAUAGGAAGGGAAAUGUCAAAAUCAUCGACUUUGGCCUUGGCGCCCAAGUUAGGCCUGGAGAAAAACUCAGCUUUUACUGUGGGGCUUUGAAAUUUGCUGCCCCUGAAUUUCUCCUUAGAAGACUUUAUGACGGCCCCAAGGUCGACAUAUGGACGUUAGGAGUGGUUCUAUAUUUCAUGGUAGUCGGGAAAGUCCCAUUUGAUGCUGUCACCCUACCAGAGCUCGGACAUCAGAUUGUGAAUGCAAAUUAUACUGUCCCCUUGGGCAUGUCACCAGAGCUCCAGGACCUGCUUAGCCUCUUAAUGACAGUCGACCCCAGUCUUAGGCCAACAGUGGAUGAAGUGAAAAGACAUCCCUGGCUUAGGGAAGACAUGGAGGCUUCACCAAAUGACUGUGAAGAAAUGGUCCCUGGCUUGCCUGACCCUGCUAUUGUGAAAGCCAUGGAACACAUUGGGUUCCAAGCCCGGGACAUCAAAGAAUCAUUACACAAGAGAAAAUUCAACCAGACAAUGGCAUUUUAUUGCUUACUAAAAGGGCAGGCUCUCCAGUUUCCUACCUGCACAACCUUGGCUCAACCUGUGAAUCCAGGGGUGGCACCAUUCCCUUCCCUAGAGGAUCCUGUUGCUUUCCCUCUACCACCCAGGAGGAGGAGGAGUGAGCCUGCCCUUGGCACAUUGCUCAGAGGGCCAUCCACUAGUGGUCAGGUGUCUGCCUGUGGCCAGUGGCCAGGUCAAAGAGGAGACAGAAGGGCCACCAUUCCUCUCCACACGCCACUCCCUCUCCACACGCCACUCCAGAGAACAUUCACUUCAGACCAAGACCACCAACGCUCCAAGAGUGGUCCCUGCAUUUGCUCAAUGAGUACCAGCAGUGAUAAUACAGAAGACAUCUUAUGCUCCCACAGAGACUCAGCAAAGGACAAGUCCACCCGCAGCCAUGGCCAGCCUCGAGGCUUGAAGGCAUGGGCAAGGAGGAUAGGAAAUGCCUUCAUGAGACUCUUUUGCUGCUGUCCAUCAAGGAAGAAACCUCGCUGGGGGCAGAACAGAAUCUUGCCUCAGAAAUGA